AUGCACCAAUUCAGGCGCGUUGUGCUGCAUGCCACCGCCGUCGCUGGCGCGGCCACCAGCGUCACAGCCAGCAUGUCGGCCAGCGCCUCGACUAGCAGAUCGGACCACGGUGCAUCAUCCACCGCAGGCACGACGACGACUCGUGUCUUCCUCAUUCGCCAUGCGGAGAGGCUUGAUCACGUGCAUCCAGAGUGGGCACGGGACGCGUCACGGCCACACGACGGGCCGCUGUCGCUCGUGGGCCUCGAGCAAGCGCGCCAGACCGGCAAAUGGAUAAGAGAGCGCGUGCAGGAUGGACCCUUGGUCGUGCGUAGCUCUCCGCUGGUGCGCUGCGUGCAGACUGCUGGAUGCCUCACAGACUCCAUGGGAGUCCCAACGCUCGGCAUUGGGAUCGACGAGGCGUUGGCAGAGGAGGAGACCUUCCUGCGGCCUCGCAUGAUGGGCACGCAUCGGCACUCCGUGCUCCCAGCCGAGCACACGGCGGUCCCACCGACGAGCGAUUCGGCUCCUCGUGGUGUGUGCCAGCCUGUGCUACUUUGCCCGGCCGACCUCCUCGCCAUACACCGGCACAUCGACGUGCACUACCGCGGGCAGACUUGCCUCGUCAGCUAUGACCCAAGCUCCGGUGCCGAAUUGAAUGGGCUGACGCAUCAUCCGCAAUCGGCCGUAGAGCGCGCGCACAAGAUCGCCAACUGCAUGGAGCUCCUCGCUCCUCUCGGCUCGACGACCAUCCUGGUGACGCACGGUGCGCUCGCGAGGAAGAUCGGUGCUCUACUGGUCGGCGUCGAUCGAAAGGACUUUGUAGACUUUGGCUAUGCUGAACUGGUUGAGCUGGUGUGCCACAGCACGGAUGGCGAGGCCUGCCGUGCAGGGACUUGGCAGGUCGUUGGGAAAUAUGCACCGUUGGGCGCCGAUGCAGGGCGGGAUCGGCUACACUGA